AUGGAUUUGGCGACUGAGACUGCGAAAUACGUGUUCCCGCAGAGGAGGUUUGAAGCUCGGAAUUUGGAAGAAGCGUUGAUGUCAGUUCCCGAUCUUGAAACGGUAGAAUUCAAGGUUUUGAGCCGCACAGACCAGUAUGAGAUAAGAGAAGUUGAGCCUUACUUUAUAGCUGAGACAACAAUGCCUGGGAAGUAUGGAUUUGAUUUUAAUGGUGCAUCUCGAUCUUUCAAUGUAUUGGCGGAGUAUCUGUUUGGUAAGAAUACAAUGAAGGAGAAAAUGGAGAUGACUACACCAGUUUUUACUCGUAGGAUUGAAUCUGAUGGGGAGAAAAUGGAGAUGACGACCCCUGUCAUAACUACAAAGAUGGGAGAUCAAGACAAGUGGACUAUGUCGUUUGUCAUGCCCUCAAAGUAUGGUUCCAAUUUGCCAUUGCCUAAGGAUUCAUCUGUCACUAUCAAGGAGGUGCCAAGUAAAAUUGUUGCAGUUACUGCCUUUUCAGGUUUCGUAACUGAUGAGGAAAUCAAACGUCGGGAAUCAACACUUCGGGAUGCACUAAAGAAUGAUAAACAAUUUCAAGUGAAAGAGGCUACAUCAGUGGAAGUUGCACAGUACAAUCCACCAUUUACGCCUCCAUUUUUACGUCGUAAUGAGAUUGCUGUUGAAGUUGAAAGGAAGCAAGAGUAG